AUGGCGCCUAAGGCGGCGGCCUUCGGAGUUUUGCUGCUGAGUGCGGCCGCAGCUGAUUCGGGAUGGAGUGCGUUGAGCCAGCCAACCUUCGGUCGCCGGACACAAGCCUUGCCGGAUGGUUUCGAAAUUAAUGAGACGAUGAACGGCAGUAUCCCGAUCACGGUCAUCCCGUCUUGGGACAUAUUCCUCGGCUUCAGUUUGAAAACCAUCGAGGGUCGGAUGUCCCUCAACAUUGUGUAUGGCGAGGAAGCCGAAAAUUUCGUUGAGCAUCCAGAGAACAUGGUGGAUGUUGUCAAUUUCGGUUCGGGCUCUGGGGACAUCAAUGAAUCAACGUCCUCAGCAAGGUACGACAUGAUGUGUUAUCCCUUCGACAUCAAGACCGUGCAUUUCCAGAUUAGCCUUCAGAACCCGUGUGGCAUCUUCUAUCGCCUCGAACUAGGGUGUGUCGGGGAGAACAGUUGGAAGCAGGCUGUGGAUGACGAAGACGGCACGGUCCGCAAGUGCUCUUGGCCCAUCAACGGUUCUUUCGGAACCUUCGAUUGGCAGAACUUCACUUGCACUUUGCGGGACAGUGUGACGAUCGAGUGUGCCAUGACGGGGACGAGGCAGUGGCCCGCACUACUGAAGACUUACAUGUGGCCAUCGGUCGUCUACGGCGUGAUGGGCUUUAUGUCCUUCAGUUUGGGUGUGAAGCUGUCAAUGCCCCGUGUUGCCACAACCAUGCUGGCCUUGUUGUCACUGACGAAUCUGCGGAAUCAGGUCAUCGCUUUGUUGCCACUUUCUCAAAAGACGAGCUGGUUAGAGGAGUACUUCUUGAUUGCGAUUUCCUUCAUGUUCCUCAACCUGCUCGGGCAUGCUGCAUCCUUUCACCGCCAUCACACGCAGAGAAUGGUGAACAAGUUCAAUCUUUGGGGCGUGUUCUCGGUGUUCGUGCUUGUCGUCGUGGCACGGCUGCAUAUCCGGGAAUGCCCUCUAAUCGAUCCUGCCAUGUCCGUGGCCAUCACCUAUGCAGCAGCAGCAGCGUGCAUCUCGAUCAUCGCCUUCCUCGUCUGGUACCACCGCGAGGCGCAUUCGGAGUUCACAGCGUGCCUGUGGCUGUGCCAGUUGGGCUCCACCGCCCAACUCAGCGUACUCGACUCGCUAAGGCACGACGGGAAGGCUUGGUGCCCCUGCAGCGCCUCGCCGGAGGCGUUAACGACCCAAGAGCUCCACAAGGAAGGACCGUCCUUCUCAGACGUUUCCACCGGAAGCUCAAGGUCGCCCCCAGUCCAGACCUUGGCCUUGAUCCUACCGUACACCGUAGGCAGAAGCCCCUCGACGGGCUUCUGGAGGAAACUCCUAGCCCAAGCCCGAAUGAGAUCCGUCUCGAUAUCGACGAGCCGUUCGCGAGGCUAG